CGUCCUGUCGGGCCGGCCCCAUCAAAUUUCCUUGUUUCUUCCGUUACUUUCGCAACAAAGUCAUCAUGCUGGCCAUGAUCUUCACCCAGCUCCUCGCCCUGUCCGCGGCGGCCGCCGCCAUGCCCGUGCCGCUCGGCCGCCCGGCGACCGGCAGCUCGGUCGACAACAUCGCCGCGCUCGAGGCCCGGUUCCCCAAGCUCGCCAGCGGCGGGGCGGCGGCGGCGGCACACAACAGCCUGGCCGGGCGCUACGCCGGCAGGCGAUCGCUGCCGAUAAUGGUUCCGGAGCCGUCCCAGAAAAUCAACAUCCGGCGGUCGCCCGAGGAGGAGGCCGAGAUCGCCAGGCGCGGAUACGCCGGCAGGCCGAUGCCCAAGAGAGCGUCGCCGCUGCCGCCGAGGAAUAACUGACGGGUGGGUGGUCCGAGCAGGGGAGGCUGGGGGAGUUGGGACGGUCAGCAGGAUGUGAUGGGGUGUUUGGUGUUUGGGGCUUUUCUCUUCUCUUCAAGAACCCGAGGAGCCAGGAUUGGACUGGUUCCUCUAAAUUCUUGCCAAUUUAUCAUUUCCACCACCUUGCCAUCUCUCGAUGCUAUACACGGAUUGAUCAUAGACUCUUCACAGCCACUGAGCUCCUUUAUAUGGGCAAAAGCCCCCUCUGGAGAGGUCUCCAAUGAAGAUGGAGGCGCACAA